AUGUCUAAAAAUCUCAUCAUAGGCAUAGACGUUGGGGGCACGAACUCUGACCUUGUUGUGCUCGACCCUGCCCGGCUAGACGCUGCCGACCACGGGGUGCUCGCAUGGCACAAGUCGACCACCACGCCGGACGUGUCUGUAGGCAUCGAGAAUGCCAUCAAGGCCAUUCUGGAGGCGCCGGACAGCCGGUUCUCCAAAGACCAGAUCGCCACUGUCACAAUCGGCACCACACACUUCAUCAACGCCGUCAUCGAACGCGAUUCGAACCGGCUCGAGAAGGUGGCUGUGCUCCGUUUGGCGGGGCCGUAUGGCAGAAGCUCGCCGCCGUUCAGCGACUUUCCCGAAGACCUCGCAGAGGUCAUCAACGGCUACUCGGCCGUGCUCGACGGCGGUGUGCAGGUAGACGGCACGGAAAUUAGGCCGCUAAACGAGUCCGAGAUCAGGCAGCACUGCCACCGAAUUAAACGGCUCGGACUUCGCACCGUCGUCGUCGUGGCCACAUUUGCCAGCGUCGACAGCACGCACGAGCUUCGCACCGCCCAGAUCGUCCGUGAGGAGAUUCCCGGCUGCGACGUGGUGCUGUCGCACAGAAUUUCUGGUAUCGGCAUCAUCGAGCGCGAGAACGCUGCGAUUUUGAACGCCGCUAUCAAACGGUUCGGCCGAAAAAUUAUCUCGUCGUUCAUUCACGCGACUAGACGCAACGGGCUCGACUGCUCGAUUCUACUGUCUCAGAACGACGGCACUGUGCUUUCCGUGCAGGACGCGCUGGAAACUCCGGUGAGAACGUUUUCAUCGGGAGCCACCAACUCAAUGCGCGGAGCUGCCAUUCUGUGCUCGCAGGAUCCGGCCGUAAAGGGCAGAAACGUCAUUGUGUGCGAUGUUGGAGGAACCACCACCGACGUGGGUAUGCUGCUCGCGAGCGGGUUUCCCCGCCAAUCGGCCACGUACUCGUACGCAGGCGGCGUGAGAAUCAACUUUUCGAUGCCUCACGUGGAAAGCAUUGGCUUGGGCGGCGGAUCGAUUGUGCGGCACGAAGGUGGCCGUGUCAGUGUUGGGCCAGAUUCCACGGGCGCAGAAAUUGUCAGCAGGGGCAUCUUGUUCGGCGGAGACACCAUCACGGCGUCUGACGUGACUAUUGCAAAAAUGGUAGACGAAAAGGCAGAGGUGGACAAGACCGUUCUUAUGGGUGACCCCGGCUGUGUGACAGGCCGAUUUGGAGCCUACUUCAAGGAUGAAUUUGAGAAAACCGUGGCUGCCAAGCUGGAGAGAGUCAUCGACCGCAUGAAGACGUCGCCAGAUGAUAUCCCAACAAUUUUUGUUGGCGGCGGCUCGUUCAUUGCGCCAGACAGGUUGAAGGGCACGUCAAAGGUGAUCAAGCCGCCGUUCUUCCAGGUUGCAAACGCCGUUGGCGCGGCUCUGGGCAAAAUGUCGUCCGAGGUAUCGGAGAUGAGACACACAGAUGGGACGGAAAAAGCCAAGCAGCAAACGGUGCACGAGCUGACUUCCCGCGCUGUCGAGGCAUGUGUGGCCAAAGGAGCACUUAGAGACUCAGUUGAGGUUGUCGACGUCGUUUCCGAUGCCGUGCCGUACGUCGACAACGUGUACUUCUUUUCCGUCAAGGUGAUUGGCGAUGUCGACUAUGCAAGAGCGUUUGAAUCGACAAGGUCGCUUGCCACCGUGGAAUAUGCAGGGGAGGAGGUGCUCAAGAACGCAAAUGUCUUGACGUCUGUCCCUGCUAUGAUUGAUUACGUAACAUACAAACCGUGCGUGAGAAAUGGCGAGUGGAUACUGUCGCCAACAGACAUCGAUUUUAUCGGCGCUGGAGCGUACAUUCUUGGAUGUGGAGGCGGCGGCAACCCAAGCAGCUCGGUGGUGGAGCUCAAGCGGCUGAUACGGCAAGGCGCCGAGAUUAAGGUGGUAACUUUGGACGAGUUUUCGCGGAGGACUGGGGGCAAGGGCACGGCCCCCAACGUGGGCUACUGCGGCUCGCCCACGAUCUCGGGCGAGCGCCUGCAUGGGGACGAGAUGCUCGAGGCCUUUGAUAUUAUUGAACGCUGGGAGGGAAAAAAGGCCGACGGCGUGCUGCUAUUUGAAAUUGGAGGUGGCAACGGGUUGUCUGGUCUUUGGACCGCGUACCACAAAAACGUCCCGUGUCUUGACUUAGACCUCAUGGGAAGAGCGUACCCCACGCAAUGGCAGUCUCUUCCGUCGGUUUGCCACGACGGCCACGGGUUCCCAUACGGUUCUCUAUCGGACGGCAACGGCUUGUCGCUUUUGAUUACUUCCGCCAAAGACGACGUCCAGAUGGAGGAAAUUAUUAGAGACGCAAUGUACCACCACGGCGUCUCGUGUGCCUGUGUCGGCGCAUCGUUGGAUGUGGAUAGAAUGGCUAGGGAAACAAUCAAAAACCCGCUCUCGCUGGCCUGGCGAAUCGGCCGUCAGGUGUUUUGUGCACGUGCGGCCUCUGACCUCGACAAUCUUCCGCACAGGAUCAUCGACGCCUGCGGGGGCUCAGACACUGCCAAGUGUGUCUUCAAGGGCAAGAUCUUGUCUGUGGAAAAAAAGCUGCAACGCGGCUACGGCUACGGCGUCGUAGAGCUAGAAAGUGUCGAUGGCCCAAAACAUAGGAUCCGUGUCCCGUUCAAGAACGAAAACAUCGUCAUUUAUGAGGUUGACGAGCAUGGCAGCGAAAAGCCCCUGUGUUCCGUGCCAGACCUAAUCACCUUUGUCGACAUGGACGGAAACGCUGUUGGUACGCAGGACUACAGAUAUGGACUGAUUGUGCACGUGAUGGUGAUAGCGGCUUCUGACCAGUGGACGACGCCGAAAGCCGUUGCUGUGGGAGGGCCCAAAGGGUUUGGCAGUGCCUUUGAGAAGAUUGAGUACGUUCCGGUCGGGAAGUAUGUGGAGCCAGUUCCCGUUUGCACGGAAUAUAAUGUUUCUACUUAG